AUGUCUGCAGUUGGAAAAAAGUGGACCAAACUGACCUUGAACGACUUAAGAGACCUAUGCCAGUCCUGCGGCCUGGAUACUCAUGGUAACAAAGAAGAAUUGGGAGAAAGAUUGAGCGCACUUUUCUGUGAAAGAAAUGAUGUCUCACCUGCCCCUGGUUAUAAUAACCCAGAUGAAAAUGAUAGGGUUUUAGAAAUUACAGAAGACUCUGGACCUGCCUUUGGUGACCCAGGAAUUAUGCGAUGUGAUAGUGGUAAGACCCUGGAGAUGAGUGAUAUUUGCUCUGAAACUGAGCUGCCUCCUGGUAGCGGGCCUAGAUUAGGAGAAUCAGUUGGGAAUAGCACUGGGUUUUCUAAAAUGACUAUGUUACAAAAGAGUGUAGUCGAAUCAGUAGUAGGAAAGAUACAUACCUCAGUAGCCUUAAACUACUGGCGCAUAAAAAUAAAACCUUCUCCUAUAAUACUAAAUUGGUUAGAAAACGGAGUGCCUCUUUGGCCAAGAGGAGUUUUACCAUUAGCAAUAAGCCCAGACCCCAAACAAUAUCCUUUAACAACAGAACAAUCAGAUUGGAUCAAGAACGAAUUGCUCCGUUUAUUAAAAACCAAUGCAAUUC